GUAUGUAUGUUAGUUUUAAUUUGAUUUAAAGGCAUCAAAGACAUACUUUGACAUUAUUAAACAUAUUCAUUUAGAUAAUUGCUUGUACCUUACAACAAUGAGAGUUUGGAACUAACUGCUUCUUGAACAGUACAUUGAAGUCUGAUUUACUAAAAUGUUUCCAAAAUUGGGUACUAGAUUCCUAUGGUUUAGUAAGCCAGCACCUCCCAGACGACCGCCUUAUACACCAAAUUCCAAAGAAUUCAUCCUUAUUAUACUCGCAGUCAUCGUCGGAAUCGCGUUUCAAGCUUUCGCGCCAGUCAUAAUUUCAAAAAUCAAAAAACUCUGGAAAUUCGGCCUGAAUAAUCUCUGCAAUGAUCGUGGACAAAAUUUCGUCGAUUUUCAUGUCUCAAGGAAAAUUGCUACCGAAUCGUAUAACACGAAAGUAGCGAAAUGCAACUAUAAGAAGGGAAAUGAAGACAACCAAAUGAGGGAAAGCUCGAGCAAAUCGCACUUGAGAAGGCCAAGGAGUAAGAUUCCCUUGAAUUGCGUACAAAGCAAAUGACCAAAAGUGACAGACUUCGUGGCCAAAAAACAUUAAAUUUUCGCAAUUAUUUGCACAUAGACCUGUGAACGUGGUUUUGUAUGUACAUCCUUGUGAAAAUAAAUUACUUUGAUGUUCGUAUGGA